AUGUUGAUGUUGGUAUACAAAUUCACUGGAUUGAGAUUUGAAGGGGAAGUUUAUGAAGCUAUUAUUACAUGGGUAAAAUAUGAUGUGAAAAAUCGUUCUGAAUUAUUUCCUAAGUUAUUCCUCUCAAUUCGCUUACCAUUAAUACAAGUUAACGACUUGAUCAAUAUCGUUGAAUAUGAAGAACUAGUGUCUUCAAAUUCAAUAUGUAUGGACUUCUUACUUAAUACAUACAGAACACUGCUUGCACUCGAAAGAAAUGUAUCAAUGAAAACAUCAAAAUCUAGUGAAUUAAAUAUUUUCAAUUAUAGAAAUCAUAACUUAAAACAAGCUAUAGUGUUAUACAGGAGAUCAGGUUAUUCAAAAAUAGAGUGGUAUGACAAAAUGAACAAUACUUUUUAUAAAUGUUCAUUAACUUGGUACUCUGACGCUACUAUGUCAAAUUUAAUAUUAAAAGAUGGUAGAAUCUUUAGUAUUAGUUGCAAAGAUGGAGUUAAUUCAGUUAAAUUAUAUGAUGGAAAUCUUAAUACAUGGAAGUCUAUAAGUACUCCUCAUUUUGUUCAUAGUAACUCAAGUAUUAUACAAUUUUAUGACCAAGUUUAUGUAAUGUCUUCCAGUGGUUCAGAGUAUUAUGAUAUUCUUAGUGAAACAUGGCAAGAAGUUAAGUUUAAAAUAACUGAAACUCAAAAUUUAAAACUCGCAGUAGUUUCCGAUUUAAUUUAUGGUGUUUGCAAAACAAAAGCUUUUUAUUAUAAUCCAAAAACCAACUUUGGUCAAUUAAUCAGUUCUCCGAGUGAUAUACAUACAGUAUAUUCAAUUUGUUCAUUUAAUAACCAACUGCAUUUAAUUGGUUGCAAUUAUAAUUCAUUGCCAGCUUAUAAUAGAACUAUGAAAAUUCAUUGUCUUACUUAUGAUAAGUUCGAUCCACAAACUAACAGAUGGAGUAGAGUUAGACGAGAACCAAAUAAUAGAAUAGCACCAGGUGUUGUUGUACUGGAUGAAAAACUAUACCUGAUGGGUGGUACAAAUAAUAAAUCUAUUCAAUUUUACGAACCUAAAUCGGAUUCUUUUAAAACUAAGAGUGAACUAUAUAUGCAUUCUUCAGAACAUCAUGACACACAAGCAUUUGUAGUCGAUACAGAAAGUAUAAAUCCAAAUAAUAUUUUGAAAUAUUAUUCCAGUAAUGAAAUUUAAAGCUUUAUUUAUAUUUUUAGUAAUACAAUGAAAUA